AUCGCCGAAAAUAAUAACAAUGGCCCUGCUGCUGGUGCAUCUGCGUCGCCUCAUUUUGCUGCUGACCGUCGUCUACCUGAGCGGAGCGGUAUUCCGCCGCCUUCUCACCGAGCGGCACCACUCCCACAUCCUGCAGGGAAAUGGAUACAUAGCCUUUGGUCGUCUUCGAGGAGGCGGAGGAUCCAAGGAGCCCUACCAUUUCCAGUGGUGGGCCUACAUCUACACCUGCUAUGCAUACGCCGUUCUGGUCAACUACGUUAGCAUGCGCCGGCUGACCAAUCUCAUUGAGUUCUUUUUGAACUGAAGAUUAAAGAUGUUUGGUUGGAGAAUAAAAUAGUUUUAAAAAAAACGUUUAUACUCUA